AUGUUUGAGGAUGCAAGUAAACGUGAAAUGUCACAAAGUUUAGAACAUGAUAUUGAUUCACUUAAUCUUAUUCAUGGAUGUAGAAUUGAUAUAUUACGCUUUGCUUGUUGUGAUAAUUCUACUAAAGAUCAGUAUAUUAAUUUGGAUAAAUCUAAUCUUGAAGAAGCUCGGACUUUUUGUGAUGAAAUUUGGCUUACUGGUACAGAAAAAUCAUGUGAUUUAUGGAUAUUAAGUCGAUUAAAUUAUUCUCUUUCUCGUAGAGAAGAGUUCAGUAAUCAUAAAUUAUUUGCUUUAUAUUUACUAUCGAAACAUUCAGUUGGAGAUGAACAUAAAUACAAUUGA